CAAAAAUAAAAAAUAAAUUGACGUUUCCUAAAAAGUCUUUGAAGAUCACGGUGGAUCAUGAAAAGAUGGUGAUAAUUGAAAAUUGGAAAAUCAUGAAGCAAUCUUCGAGUGAAAGAUCCUAUAAAGAAUAAAUUCGUAUUUACUGAAAAGUCCAUAUUGGUUCCUCUGCUUUGGAUGCUAGUUGUUAAUAAUUAACGUGAAUACGUUGUAGAGAAAUAAUGGACAAAAUAUCAAAGCCAUCGGUUUCCCCCAAUCCUGUUAUUUUGCAAAGUGAAGGCUUACUCAAGUAUAUACUAGAGACCAGCGUCUACCCAAGAGAAGAAGAGACUCUCAAAGAGCUGAGGAAUGCAACAACAAAUCAUCCUCUUGGCUUCAUGGGCACUGCACCUGAUGCGGGUCAGCUAAUGGUCUUGUUCUUGAAACUUUUAAAUGCUAAAAAGACAAUUGAAGUUGGAGUUUUCACUGGAUACUCUCUUCUCCUUACUGCACUUAACAUUCCUCAUGAUGGAAAGAUUACAGCCGUGGAUCCGGACAGAAAAGCAUAUGAGUUAGGAAUUCCAUUCAUUAAAAAGGCCGGUCUCUUACACAAGAUUGACUACAUUGAGUCUCCAGCUUUACCAGUUCUUGAUAAACUCCUUGAAGAUCCUGCAAAUGAAGGCACUUUUGACUUUGCCUUUGUUGACGCAGACAAAAAUAACUACUGGAAUUACCAUGAGAGGCUUAUCAAAUUGAUUAAGAUUGGUGGGAUUGUUGCUUACGAUAACACACUUUGGGGAGGGACUGUUGCCUUGCCAGAAAUAGCAGUUUUAGAAUCAAAAAGAGAAUGGAGAAGAUCUACACUUGCUUUCAACAAAGCAAUUUCAAACGAUUCUCGUCUAGAAAUUGCUCAUGUUUCAAUAGGUGAUGGACUCACUAUUUGCAGGCGUGUUAGCUGAUAUAAUUUGAUUCCCAAAUUGAGCCAUGAGCAAUAGUUCAACUCGUGACAAGACAUGCUUUAAAUAAAAUCAUAAAAUUGUGUUUUCAUAAAUAAAUGUUCUCAAUCUAGCAACUUACUUUUUGAUUAGGAUGAGUACAUCACCAACAGAAAUAUUUCUUAUUUUAAGAUAAUGGAUGGCACACCUUGAUGAUAGACGCCAUCUAAAACAUGUAAAGUUAAAAUUUAAAGAGACAAGAUCUGGUAAAAUUAAUUAGGCUCCAAUUGGUUAGGUAUUAAAAUAUCCACAAGGUGACAGGGUUGGGAAAUAAAUUUUAACAUUGACUAUCCUCUAGCAUGAUACAUUAUUCUUCUCAUCCAAAACUACAUCUUUCGAAAAACAAAUAAGAAAACCAGUGCAUAAUGGUUGAACUUGAUUAAAACUACGGAGGAUUACACAUGUGCCACUCAGUAUUUAAAGUGGAUUACGAACUAAGAUGAUACAAAUAUCCGUUCAAGUCUAGUCUAUUAUUUAACAAAGACAUGGCUAAUUUCCACAAAGCAUGAGAUCCAAUACAUCAUGCUCAUCGGGCAUUAACUGCCACAAUAAAA